CGGUUAAAGCGAAAGCGAUAGCCAGGCAGAGCGCAGGCCUGGAAGGAAGGCAGCACACGGACGGGCACACGCGGGCGAGGCCACCGCCGCCGCCGCCUGCGAGGGAGUGUGCGGGGGGAGAUCGUUGGUUGGGACAUGAUGGAUCACCUGAGCCUGGUGCCCUACGAGGGGGGCAGCGAUGGGAGCGGCAGCGGCAAGUACAAGGAGUGCAUGCGCAACCACGCGGCGGCCAUGGGCGGGCAGGCGUUCGACGGCUGCGGCGAGUACAUGCCGGCCUCGCCGGACUCGCUCAAGUGCGCCGCAUGCGGGUGCCACCGCAGCUUCCACCGCCGAGCGGCGUCGGCGCCGGCCGCGGCCGCCGUGGGGUCGUGCGCGCCCGCGUUCUUCCGCCCGCCACCCCCGCCGGCGCCGCACCACCACCACACCGCCGCACUGCAGGCGUUCCUCCCGUCCGUGGCUCCGCCGCACCUCGCGCUGCCGUACCACGCCGUGCCCCCCGGCGCAUGGCAUGCCCGCGCCGGGUCGGAGACGCCCCCGCGGCAGGAGGACUGCCUCGGCGGAGGGAGCGGGAGCUUCGGGGGGCGGAAGCGGCUCCGGACCAAGUUCACCCCCGAGCAGAAGGAGCGGAUGCGCGAGUUCGCGGAGAAGCAGGGGUGGCGCAUCCAGCGCAACGACGACGGCGCCCUCGAGCGCUUCUGCCACGAGAUCGGCGUCAAGCGCCAGGUCCUCAAGGUCUGGAUGCACAACCACAAGAACCACCUCGCCUCCCCCACCACCACCGCCGCCGCCGCAGCCGCAGCCGCUGGAAUCAACCCCGGCUCCGGCGCCGGCGCCGGCAACGACGAUGACGACGACGACACCGAUGACUCCCCGCCCCGCGCCGCCGUCUCCUCCCCCUCCCCGAUCAGCGUCUAGCAACCCAGCCAGCCGAGGGCGCUCUCCCACUCUCCCGCACGCUAAUUAGUCCUUAACCUCCUGCCUUCCGUGCCACGGAGGGCAUAUCUGUCAUUUCCUCCACUGCGUAAUUCUACUCUAUCCCAGUUGCGCCGUCUCCUUUUAAUCGUGUCAGUCAUCAGUGGCUAAUGAUCGUGAAGUACCUCAGUUGAGUAGUUUUAAUGCUUCAUGUAGAAGACUGGAAUAUGAUUUGGCUUACACUGAUUGAUUCA